AUGCCUCAGAAGAACGCCAAAGCACGCUCUACUCUUGCAGUUGCCGGGAAAUCCGCAGCCACUUCCUCCAAGGGUGGACAAGGGAGAGGAACAAGUGGAGGAACAUCCAAGAAGCAGUCACAGACCGCCUCUGGGAAAAGCGCCUCACCUGCCAAGAAGCAAAAUACAAAGGGGAAGAAAACCAAAGGAACUCUACCGCCCGGGAAGAAAUUUGACUCCCAGCAUUAUGAUAUCAUUCGAAAAACGAUGAAGAGAAACCCCUGGACCAGCGCCGCAAAGCUGCAAAGCAUCCUGUACAAAAAAACAGGCCUUGACGUCAGUGAGUCCAGCAUUAGCAAGGUGAGACAUAAGCUCGGUUGCCCCCCUGCAAAACCUAGAUUCAUCUACGUGCCCGCUUUGGACGAGAGGAAUAAUCCGAACAGUCGUCUAUACGAGCCCCCAGUCAUGAUUGCCGUUGGUGAUCCAGCUCCCUACCGUCCAGAUUUCCAUAGCAGCAGACUUCCCGGUGGUGCGAGUUGCAUGUAGGAAGUUAUCAUAUUCCUCCAAAACAGCCCUUUUCAGGGCUACCCACUCGAAAAGAAAAGCUAUACCACGUGUUAUUUCUCUAUUGCUAGAAAAUGGUAAGCAGUUCCAUAA